AUGAAAUCUCUUUGUUCAAUCAAUGAUAGUUGUAUACUUGACAGUGAUCGGCCUGAUUCAGUUUGCAUACCUUUAACUACUGUCUCCGAUGAUGAUUGGUGGAUGUCUGUCUGUCUGUGUAUGAUCAUUCCACAUAAACAAUUCUUUGAACGACAAUUAGAAAAACAACAUAUCAAGAUGGUAAUACUAUCAAUUAAAAAGGUAAUGUCAAGUUCAGUGGCAUCAUUUUCAAAGUUUGUUGGUAAAAAGAUAUUCUAUCUUUCAAUCAUACCAACGGCUGUAGAUGAUAUACCUCUAGAUAUACUUGUCAAUAUAUACAAUAGUUUGAGUCAAGAUGAAAAGAAUAUUGCUUAUUUCAAGUAUUGGGAAUUAUCGAAAAUGUUUGAUUCUAGAAUAGAUGGUUUAAACUAUGGUAGAGAUCAUUUUUGGGAUGAUAAAGUGAGAUCAGCAAGAUCAUUACAUAGAUGUGGAUUUAUAAAUCAAACAAAUUAUACCGAGUAUAAUCAAGAUAGUUUGGUGAUGGUAGAGUGUCCUAGUAGGUUCAAAAGAUUAGAAUCAAAAUUAAAGACACAAUACUUUUCAUUGGGUGAAAAGAUGGGAAGAGAUUAUGAAAGAGGUCAAGUGUCCUAUGUCAAUGGUAUGGGAAACACUAUUGGGUGGGCUGGACAUGAUGCCUCUAAAUUGUCUGAUUCAAUGUGUGAUGGUGUCAACUUUUAUUGUGUGUAUCUACCGACCUAUGUAGUAUCUAAAGACAACUUUAGUCCCAAUCAUCAAGACUUGACCGGAUUUUUAAUGGACGUUACACGUCAUUUGGCAACUACCGAAGGAGGUGGAGAAAAUAGUCUUACUAGUUGUCUGAUUGUUCAGCAGUGGUUUGAUUAUUUGUCUGCCCAUCCAACUAAACAUUUUCUUCAAAUUUGUGCAUCUGAUGGUGGCACCUUUGUCAAUGCAGCAAUCAAUCUGUUUCUAAAGCAUGCACUGGUUGAUUAUAUUGAAAGACUCAAUGUCAUUGGACUGGCACCUGGAACAACUAUUAUGCCUCGACCCGAUCAACAUUUCUACAGUCACCAAGUAGUCAAUCUCAUCAAAAAGGAGGAUACCUUGAUUAGCACUUUUGGAACUGGUUCUGAUAUGGCCGGCAAAAGUCCCAAUGUAUUAUUAAUCCCUCAUACUGUUGACCAUCCCCACAACUUUACAAGUGCCGAUUAUAUAGUCGCUGUAAAACCUUUUAUUGAUUGUUUUAAAUCAACUGGUUUCAUUAUGAAUAAACCUUAA